CCCCCAUCCCCCCCCGGGACAGUAACCUCCUGCUGGUGACCGUCUGGGAGAUACAACACGUCCACUUCAGGUCUUCUUUGGCUAGCAUCUGGAAGGUGCAAAGACAUAAGAACAUAAGAAAGAAGGAACACUGCAACAGGCCUACUGACCCAUGCAGAGCAGGUCCAUGUCCCCCCCCAGAAGUAUCAUUAUGGAUGGUACACAUAGUUUCGAAUCCUUAACUGGGAGAUUUAUUAGAAUGUUAUUGUUAAACAACAAGAUCCUUGAACUUAGAACUAAAAUGACAUCAGAAUAUACAACAGAGGAAAUGUUUUCCUACAUUUGGAAUCUAGAAGAAGCUCAGAGAUGUCUGACACCAGUUUCAAUUCCACCUACCAAAUCGGAGAGCAUUUCUUUAAUGAACUGGAGGAAAGGGGAGAAUGCCUACCAAAUUCGUGACCUAGAUCAGGCAUUAAAAUGGUAUAAUUUGGCCAUUUUAUCUGCACCUCAUCCUGACAUUCUGGCAGACAAUGUCAAGACCCAUGACAGAGAAAUGUAUGGAGCUUUGGCCCAAGGUUAUGAAUCUCGGUCUCUUGUCCUCUUUGACCUAAAACAAUAUGAAAAAUGUUCAAGGGAUAUUAAUUAUGCUCUGGAACUUGGCUGUAAAAACAUUUCACAUAAAACAUUAUUAGAAACAAAAGCCAAGUGUCAAAAAGUUAUGUCAGGGAGAAAAGGCAAACCAUUUGAUUCCUUAGCAGAAUCAUUAAAGUCCUCUCAUUUAUCAUUUGCUUAUACAAAUCCUGAGCCACCAAAGUUAGAAGCGGUCAACCCUACCAUGCCAUCACUGAACAGUAGUGUUAAACUAACCUACACACCAUCCCAGGGAAGAUACCUCAUUGCUGAAAAUGACAUUUACCCAGGUGAGGUAGUGAGCGUUGAUGAUGGGUAUUGCAACACAGUGUUCAUGGAGAUGUCAAAAAUGCACUGUACUGUAUGCAUAAGGAGAAGCAUGGCCCCUCUGCCCUGCCCCAACUGCAAUAUGGUGAUAUUUUGUAGUGAGGAGUGUCGUACAGAAGGAAUGUCAGGGAUCCAUUGGCAAGAAUGCCCUAUUUUGCCAACACUCUUUGCACUAGACAUGGGAAGGAAUCCUGCAUUGGCAUACAGAAUAAUGAUGAAGACAUCUCAUGCCAAGCUCAAGGAAAUGCUACCACUGCUGCGACUUGAAGCCAAAAAAAAAUCCCCAAAGAAUCAUGGCUUUAACAAGGAUGGAAUCUAUGAUGAGAAACAUUACAGAUCAGUGUAUCACCUGGUAACUAACAAAGAAAAACUGUCUUCGCAAGAACUACUCAGGAGAUGCAUACAAGCUUUUAUCAUUACCAAACUUCUGCAUCUGAGUGGACGCUACUUUCUUACCAGUGAUGGAGAGCCCUUCACUCCAAGUCAUGAAGAUAUCAUCUUGACUGGCAGCACACUCAUGCAUCAUAUGAUGAACCUUAUCUGUAAUGCUAAAGCUAUUACAUUCUUGCAGGUUAGUGUGAACAUUUCUCAGUUAGGUCAUGAGAUUAUGUGUGGUAGUGGAAUUUACCCUGCAUCAAGUCUAUUGAAUCACUCCUGCAAUCCAAGCUGUUCAACAUUUUUCUAUGGUAAGAUUGAGGUUGUGAGAGCAGUGCACUUCAUCCCUGCUGGCAAGCAAUUAACCAUUUCGUAUGGGGAAACCUAUACUAAUAAAAGCAGAGCUUCCAGGAUGUUUCCUUUGAUGGCUCAGUACCACUUCCAGUGUAAAUGUGAGGCCUGGAACACUGCGGGCAACCUCUCGGGAUGA